AACCAACCUUAAUUUCAUCUACACACCUUUAAGACACAUUCUUCAGUUUCAUCAGUCCAUCCUCCCAUGGCUGAUUCAUCAACCAACACCAUCUUCCUCUUGUUAACCACUCUAAUAUUCACCACCUCAUGUACCUUCUAUGUUAAUGGAUGCUAUACGUCCAUCAUCAGCUUCGGCGACUCACUCGCCGACACCGGAAACAUGAAAGCACUCUCCCCUAAAUCCAACGGCCAAGCACCCCAUUUCUUGUUUCCACCCUAUGGAGAAACGUUUUUUCAUAAACCUACUGGUCGUUGCUCUAAUGGACGUCUUAUUAUCGACUUUAUUGCUGAGAGUCUUGGACUGCCGUUGAUACCGGCGUCUGAGGCCGGGAAGACGACGGAGUUGGCACAAGGAGUGAAUUAUGCGGUGGCGGGUGCGACGGCGUUGGAUUCGUCGUUUCAUGAAGCAAGAGGGGUUUAUAAUCCGAUGACGAAUGCAUCUUUAAGGGUUCAGUUGGGGUGGUUCAAAGAAUCAUUGCCGUCUUUUUGUUCCACUGUUUCAGAUUGUAAACGUUUAAUCGGGCGAUCCUUGGUUCUCAUGGGAGAGAUUGGAGGAAAUGAUUACAAUCAUGCAUUAGUUGCGGGAAAAUCUAUCGACGAGAUUGAGACAUAUGUUCCAUUGGUUAUCAAGGCAAUCGUCUCAGUAAUCAAUGAACUUAUUGAGCUAGGGGCUGAGACACUUGUUGUACCAGGAAACCUACCAAUUGGAUGCUCUGCUGCGUAUUUGACAAUAUUCUAUGACUCGGACAAGGUGCAAUAUGAUAAUUCAACAGGAUGUAUCAUCCGGUUGAACAGGUUUGCGGAGUACCACAAUGAACUUCUCCAAACAGAACUAACUCAAAUAAGAGAAGUUCAUCCUGAAGUUAAUAUCAUUUACGCCGACUACUACAAUGCUGCCAUGCAAUUUUUUCGCUCUCCAAACAAAUAUGGGUUUACUAACGGAGCUCUAAAGGCAUGUUGUGGAGGUGGAGGGCCAUUUAAUUACAACCCAUCGAUAGCAUGUGCAGACCCAUCUUCAAAUUCAUGUGCUCAACCAGAUACAUAUUUUAACUGGGAUGGAUUGCACUUAACAGAAGCAGCAUAUAGAUUGGUCUUCAAGAGCUUAUUUGAAGGGUCGUAUACUACACCGCGAUUCAACUCCUUGUGCCCUAUUUCAAGGUCACAACCGGUUGGAGGGCUAUCAAGUUCUAUAUGAAUAAGUGAAACGUUUUAUGAAUUCCUACCCAAGUGUUUAAGUACAAGUAAUUAAACUUGGGAAAGGGGAUGUUUUGUAAUCAAUUAAAGCAUUAUAUGGUUUUGUGUUAUCCAAUGUACAUAUAAACCAAUGUACUUCUACAUAGUUUAUUUUAUUUUUUAUUUUAUAUCAA